UGGAGGGAGGUGGCAGAGACAGUGGGUGAAACUGAGGAAGUGUGCAAAAAGCGGUGGAAGUACCUCAGGGACAAAUACAGAAAGGAGAGGAUAUUAGAGAAGGAAGGGAAAAGGAGCGGGGCAGGGUCUUCCGGGGGAUCUAAGCCCUGGCGUCUCGCGGCAAUCAUGAGCAUUUUAAAGCCAUUCAUGCUUGACCGCGAGAUGUCCAGCAAUUUCCCCCGGCAAGACCUGCCUCCAUCCACAUCCAUAGAAGAGGAAGAGGAAGACAGCCUGGAAGAGAGCCUGGAUGACAGCAUUGAAAGCCAACCAGGUGCCAGUCAGCCUGCUAGUCAGCCAGCCAGUCAGCCAGCCAGUCAGCCAGCCAGUCAGCCGGCCAGUCAGCCAGCACAGGAAAGAGUCGCAUUCCGGGGGAAAAAGAGAAGGGGAAGGGAGAUGUCCCCCUUUGAGGAGAAUCUGCUUUUGACCGUAGGUCCAAUGCUGGAUAUGCCACCACCACCACCCCCACCACCAGUGGUGGAGGAGGACGAAGACCUGCUCUUUUUCCGGAGUCUCUUGCCCACCAUGAGGCUGAUCAGCAGGAGAAAUAGGCUGAGGCUCAGAUUCAAAAUACACGAGGCGGUCCUGGAGUAAUUACAUACUGAUACUGAUCCACAUGACAUGUUUUUACACUCAUCACU